AUGAAUAAAAGAAAGACUACAGAGGAUAGUACUACUACAACAAGUACAACUACAACUAUAAAUACAACGACACCGGAGGAUUUGGUUGUGGACAGCCACAAGCCAUCAGUUCCAUCAAUCACAUUUGUUGUUGAUUCCAAAGUCAAGCCCACAUAUAAUAAUGUAACAUCCUUUGAUUAUGCUAGUGUAGUCGGCCAGGAUGUUGACUUGAGCAACACAACUACAACUUCAACUACGACUACAACAACAGCAACAGCGACAGAGACCGAGUCAAAGAAGAAGCAGAGGAAGAAUGAGGAGAGUAGUUCCAAGAAUGAUGGUGUCCAUCUUGUUAACGAUGAUGACUUGCUGGAGUUUGACACGGAUACUUCGUACCCGUACCUUGAUUCCUUUCAAUAUUACAGUCCACCUGCGACAACAAAGACUUUGUCGGAUGAUUGUGUCAAGUUGCUCAAGUCGAGUAUUGAACAUGACUCACCAUCAACAUCAUAUAUUGGCACCAACUCAUUUGUAUUGGCAGCUUAUCAGGCUUAUAGUAAUCACAUGCACUUGAUGAUCAGACCCGAUGACAUCUGGUUGGCAUUGAUGACACAGUUCUCCUUCUACGUCGAUCGCCGGUCGGAGGAACUCAGGUCAAAGUUCGUGGCAUUCGAUGACAAGCGCACAUUGGUUGUUAGGUUGCCUGGAAGUCUGUACACUGCGCCCUAUGAACAAAUGUCGACACUGUUUGUUGACCAGAUUGCACUCAAUAUCAAGGAUGCUUCGUUGCGCGACUGGGUCGUGCCAGGUUUCACCACUACCACGGACACUGAUCGUGUUGUUGGCGCCUGCACAUUGAUGUCAACAAUGAAGAAGUACUUCAACUUUGAAUGCGAGCUGGAAUGUGGCCUUCCAAAGGUGACUAUGUUGGGCACUGUUGAUGAUUGGAGACAGGUUAGACAACGUGCUGAACGAUUCGCAGAGUUUGACACCAAGCGCAAAUACAUGGCCAAGUGGCUUGAGAUGCUGCUGCCAGUGUUGGACAACAUGAUCAUGUCGGUGGAGGGAAAUCCCGAUAUCAAAUGGUGGAACAAGAUUGUUCACUAUGCAGAUGGUGGCUCGGGAACUUCAUUCCUCUCUGGCUGGAUCACAACAUUCAUUUCAUUUCAAUCAGAUGGUAAAUGGCUUGGUGAUAACAAGUCGUACUACGAUGAUGAAGAUGAUGAGUGUAUUAAAGUCAAAACUGAAUGGCCAGCGAUCGACAUUGACAACAUACCAAGAGGUUUCUCAACAUGUCCAGUUAAAAUAAUUGACCCAGAACAUCAAUACGACUCUGACAUCUAUGCUGGACACAUCAUAUCCAAAUUCACAGACGAUAACACAACAAUCACUCCUUCACUUGACUGGUUCCUUAUACUCAAAGGACUGUCGCCACAGCAAUAG